AUGAGGCGGGGGCGCGAUGUCGGUGCCGCUGCUCAAGAUCGGGGCCGUGCUGAGCACCAUGGCCAUGGUCACCAACUGGAUGUCGCAGACGCUGCCCUCGCUCGUGGGGCUCAACGGCACCGCGUCCCGCGCGGGCGCCUCCGAGAAAAUCCCACUUCCCCUGCCCUCUCCCCGACCCUGCGGUCCUGCAGCCUCCUGGGAGAGAAACAGCCAAUGAGUGGUUGGCAGUCUGGUGCUCAGACGACCAGGAUUCCCCAGCCCUGCUGGCCAAGGCUGGCUCCGUUAGCCCUUACUCUCUUCCAAAGCCCAGAGGAAGGCUGGCAGCUGUACACCUCGGCCCAGGCUCCCGAUGGAAAAUGCAUCUGCACGGCUGUGAUUCCGGCGCAGAGCACCUGCUCCCGCGAUGGCCGGAGCCGGGAGCUGCGGCAGCUGAUGGAGAAGGUUCAGAACGUCUCCCAGUCCAUGGAGGUCCUUGAGUUGCGGACGUACCGUGACCUCCAGUACGUGCGCAGCAUGGAGACCCUCAUGCGGAGCCUGGAUGCGCGGCUCCGGGGGGCCGAUGGGUCCCUCUCGGCCAAGAGCUUCCAGGAGCUGAAGGACAGGAUGACGGAGCUGUUGCCCCUGAGCUCGGUCCUGGAGCAGUACAAGGCGGACGCGCGGACCAUCGUGCGCCUGCGGGAGGAGGUGAGGAACCUCUCCAGCAGCCUCACAGCCAUCCAGGAGGAGAUGGGCGCCUACGGGUACGAGGACCUGCAGCAGCGGGUGAUGGCCCUGGAGGCCCGUCUCCACGCCUGUGCCCAGAAGCUGGGCUGUGGGAAGCUGACCGGGGUCAGCAACCCCAUCACCAUUCGGGCCAUGGGGUCCCGCUUUGGCUCUUGGAUGACAGACACGAUGGCCCCCAGCGCGGAUAGCCGGGUCUGGUACAUGGAUGGCUAUUACAAGGGCCGGCGAGUCCUGGAGUUCCGCACUCUGGGAGACUUUAUCAAAGGCCAGAACUUUAUCCAGCACCUGCUGCCCCAGCCAUGGGCCGGCACGGGCCACGUGGUGUACAACGGCUCCCUGUUUUACAACAAGUACCAGAGCAACGUGGUGGUCAAGUACCACUUCCGCUCGCGUUCCGUGCUGGUGCAAAGGAGCCUCCCGGGGGCCGGCUACAAUAACACCUUCCCCUACUCCUGGGGUGGCUUCUCGGACAUGGACUUCAUGGUGGACGAGAGCGGGCUCUGGGCUGUGUACACCACCAACCAGAAUGCGGGCAACAUUGUGGUCAGCCGGCUGGACCCGCACACCCUCGAGGUCGUGCGGUCCUGGGACACCGGCUACCCCAAGCGCAGCGCCGGCGAGGCCUUCAUGAUCUGUGGCGUGCUCUACGUGACCAACUCCCACCUAGCCGGGGCCAAGGUCUACUUCGCCUACUUCACCAACACGUCCAGCUACGAGUACACGGACGUGCCCUUCCACAACCAGUACUCCCACAUCUCCAUGCUGGAUUACAACCCCCGCGAGCGGGCCCUCUACACCUGGAACAACGGCCACCAGGUGCUCUACAAUGUCACCCUCUUCCACGUCAUCAGCACUGCUGGGGACCCCUAGGGGCUGCCCGUCUCUCACGCUGCCACACGAGGGUCAGGGGGGCCCUUUCUACUCUGCCUGUGUCCCUCCAAGUUAAUCUGUCUCUGUGCUGCCCUCUCUCUCUCCCUCUCCCCCCCUGUGCUGUUUUUUCUCUCUCCACCUUUGCGCCCAGCUUUCAUCCUCUGCCUCUGUAUUUCUAUCAGUGCGUUUUCUCAGUAUUGUCUCUUCUUUAUUGAUCUCUGAUUUUGAUACUUCGCUUUCUUUUUAUCGAUGCCUCUCUUUCUUUUCAUCGAUCUGAUUCUCCAGCUCUCUUUUUCUAUCUCUGCCUCUCUCUCUCUCUUUCUCUUUCUCUCGCUUCCUCCACUCCUUCCCUCUUUGAGUCCCACCCAGUCCCCCCUCCUCCCGACCCAAGGAGUUGAGUGCAUGGAUCUGUUUCUUUUUUUAUUUACACUUUUUCUUUCCGGGUUGCCGGAAUAAACGGGACCUUUGACAUUUGAA